AUGGAAUCAUUGACUUUUCAUUUGCGACGUGGCGAUGAGGAGACGAUCGAGUCUUGGGACGACGAUGGUGAUUUACAAUGCUACGAGGAUAUCCAGCUGCGCACCGCGUCGAGUGCUACAUCGGUGACGAAUUCUUCUAUUCGCCGCUCUGGCCAUCGGGACUCCAUAUCCUCGCGUCGCUCCGCUCGCUCCGAUCUUGACUCUACCGCCGGUGAUGAUGAGGACUGGCAGGUCCAACUAUUGGACAAUGAGGAAGCUGUAAACGAGGAGGCUAUUGCUUCCGCCAAAAGUGCUGGGAUCCCACUGCCUGCAAACGUUCCCAAAUCGGCCUUAGUUGGGGGCACCAUCAAACGCCUGGGACCCAGAAAAACAAAGCAUAAAUUUGUUGAUGAUUGGUCUGACGACGUGGAAUUCCCAGAUCCUGAUGCUGUCUUGGAACUAAAAAGUCCUCAGGCUGUAUCCUUUCCUGAAUCACUGCAGCAAAUUAGCUCCGUGGCAGCAAGCCCGGUCAAAACUUCGGCUUCGCCAUUUUGGAGUGAUGAUAUCGCGCUGCGAUUACAAUCAUCAUCAAUGGCACACAUGGACAUGUAUCGAGAGGACGAUGCCGGUGAUGUUGAUGAUAUUCCAACGAUCAAGCCUGCGAAGCUACGCUCCCCUCAAAGAGCAAGUGUCCUCAAUAAAACGAUGUCAGAUAAGGAAAGCAACAUGGCCGAUGCUCCGGAGGAGAAUUUCGAGGAAGACUUUGAUCUGCCGCCGGACAACUCAAUUCGCCUUUCUCCUCUUAAGGCCACCGCAGAAACACAAAGCCCGUCUCCUGAGGACUUCGAUAUGGAGUGGUCCGAGGGAAGCAUUGGGGUUCGAGUCGGGGGCACUGCAAGAGAUCAUCGGUCAAACCCCAGCUCAUCGAUCUCGGUUGUCAGCCCCAGUGCGUCAAGCUGCCUGACUGCUGAGAGUGAAGAUGAAGGCUUGGACGGUCUCGUCAUUCCCGAAGGGCCUUUAGACCUGACGAUGUCAAUGCAAAAGCGACUCGGGCCCCACACCGCUGCUGUAGAGACGUUAGAGUCAAAGCAGGCUAGUCAAGAUACGACAGAUCAGGACGAUUUUUUUUCUGGUCUUGAGCUGGAAGGCGGUGAUAUCUUUGAUACCAAAAAACUCUCAAUAAACCCAAACAUCAAGUGCAAAGCAGACCCCGGGAGCCCAGCACGACGCUCGGCAACCACCCUCACUUUCACCAAUACUACAGUCUCUCCAAAAACUCGAAUUCCGCGUCUCUCUAAUCACGACCGUCAACAUUCGACACACCUCGAAACUGUCUCUGAGAGUGGUGCACCUCUUUCGAAGUUUCGGACGUCGCUCCCUAAAACCAGUGGUCACACAUCGCAUUCUUCUAUGUCCGGCAUAUCUUCCCACGGAACAUCACUAACUUCUCCAAAUUCCCUGAGUCCUGGUCGACGAUUCAUUGUUGGUGCUAGACUGUCCAGAGACUCUGCUAACAGUGAGCGCACUAUUACCGGGCACCAGUUACUAAAAACAAAGCGAUCAUUACCUACGAUACGGAACUCAAGCCCAACGGCUUCUACGCCACCCCUUCAAAGUCCACGCCAGGACUUAACGGGCUGUCCUUUCAGUUCAAACUCCCGAUCCAAGACACCCGUUGACCGUGUUGGGCAUGAAGCAAGGUCGCUGCUGGGCCGUAGAUUACAGACACCUUUUAUUCCAGCAGGGGCAUCAGAACAUCAGUCGCAUCAUGCCAGCGUGAAAAGUUCUCGGCACACCCGACGCGCAAACUCAGACAGCUCGCAGGAAGCAGUCCCACCGCAAGGCCCAGUGUCUCGUCUGCCGCGACCAGGCCGCUAUGAAGCGCUUGGGCAUAACGCGAGUGACUCGGGGACCCAGGUCACAGCCGCUAAGCGAACGCUCACUCGACCAACUCGGCGGCGGAAUUUUGGGGACGGUACUGAGCUGGCGUCAUUCGACGAUCUGCCUACGUCCUCGACAGCAGAAAGCAAAUUUGUCAAGCAUCCGUCCGGACGUGGCGCACCGAGAUCUCUCAAAAACAAGUUGGGCCGGAGUCAGACCAUCCCAUCGAGAACAGAUGUGCAGCAGCCAGUCCUAGGUACUCCAACCAGACGGUACGACCAGACGCCCCGAUUUGCUCGCGACACCAAUGCCUCGAGAAAUGCUAGGGAACAGCGCAUCGCGUCCAUGUCGUCUGGCUCGAAAAGUCGGGAGAACAGUGCGCUUGUCUCCCUAAGCUCGAAUUGGAAUACUCAAACCAUCUCGCGUGUCCCUACGACUCCAUUGUCCAUACAAAGCAAGAAGAAUAGAACUGCUACAAUAUCCGGGAGCAAGCCUCAUCUGAUAAAACCCUUGGGUACGGGGGUCCAAGAGCGCAAAUCUGUGAAUGGCAUGCGUUACAAUCCUGCCACAUUUCGCUGGGAGGGGAAUGAAAGCCUAGCGCAGGAUUUCGAUACCGAUUCGCCCCAAUCUCCAAAACCUGCACCAGCACUCAUCACCAACGUCGGUGCUAUGCAAAAUGUGCAGGUGGUGGGGGGAAUGGUGUUCGAUCCGCAGCGCAUGUGCUGGCUCAAGUUGGCACCGCUGCAACCCGGAACAAAGGGCUUGGUGGCUGUCCAGGACGAGGAUGAUGUUUUUGCCGGCCUUGGUAAUCUGGAGGAAAAACCCGGCUCUAUGCCACCACCCUCGGGUGUUAACGACGACCUCGGUCUUGUCGUGAGCGGUGACGAUCGCAGUUGCGGGGACUCUUCAGACGAGUGGCCCAUUACGGAAGAGUUCGAUGUUGGACCGGAGUUCAUUCGACGUCAACGUGCAGAGGAAGAGAAAUGGAGACGCAAGGUCAAUAGAUGGACAGACUUUGAUCGCAUGAAAUUCGGUGACAGCUGGAGAUGGGCCAUACGAGACUUGGUGGGAUUUAACAGCACUCUGAGUGUUCAAGGACUUGGCGGCAAUUGA